UGUGCUCUGAUCUAGGGGUGUCCAACCUCUCCUCGGGCCCCAUGGUACCUUCUUCGCUACGCCGCUUACCACUGAACACCCCUGCGCGCUGGAGCCGGAUGGUGCCGGCCGUCCGGGAGACCAACCGUUGAUAGGCUGCUGAGAGCUCGAGGCGGGGCGGGUGAGAGACGCCUGACCUCCGCGCGAUUCUGUGUCUUUCCCGCCAUGUCUUUCGUGGAGAGCGCGCGGCGUUCUUCUCUGCUGCACCGUCGCCGCCUCUGCAGCCCUGUCCCUUACUCGGGUUCCGCGUUAUCUUCCUUUACUCAGGGGGGUAGUUGGGGUGAAGGUGAAGUCGACGAAGAGGAGGGAUGUGACCAAGUAGCCCGCGACUUGCGGGCAGAGUUUUCUGCUGGGGCGUUGUCUGAGCCUAGAAAGGUCUCUCUACUCCCGCCGGAGGGGGACGGGUCUCCAGUUCUGCCGGAUAAACGCAAUGGCAUCUUCACGGCGGAUGCGCGCGGCCGAGCCCAGGCUCGGCGGUGGCCGGUACAGGUCCUCUCAAUUCUCUGUUCGCUGCUAUUCGCCGUCCUCCUCGCUUUCCUCCUCGCCAUCGCCUAUCUGAUCGUAAAAGAGUUACAUGCUGAGAAUUUGAAGAAUAAAGAUGAUGUAGACACUGGGCUAUUAGGAUUCUGGACUCUACUUAUAAUAUCCCUAACUGCUGGAUUCUCCUGCUGCAGCUUUUCCUGGACAGUGACUUACUUUGAUUCUUUUGAACCAGGCAUGUUUCCUCCUACUCCUCUUUCACCUGCCAGGUUUAAGAAACUUACUGGACAUUCUUUCCACAUGGGCUAUAGCAUGGCAAUUUUGAAUGGUGUUGUAGCUGCUCUUACUGUUGCAUGGUGCCUCAUGUAAACUGACACUGAAGCAAUAUUCUUGGCAAAACUAAGUCAUGAUUGCUAUAUAAUAACGGAGAAGAACAUCAUCACCUACUCCGAAGACCAAGAAACCUACUGUUCGUUAUGUGAUUCAGAUACCUGUCAUAUCAUUAUGGAAGACCUUCUUAAACAUUGUUCUAAAACCUAGGCAUUGGGAUAGCUGAGUAUUGUUUCAAGUAAUUUCUUAAAAUUGCAAAAUGUUUACCUCAUCUCUUCUAUGUGUGUUAUUUUUCUAAACUGUAGAAAGCAUUUUAAUGGAAAUUAAACUGGAAAACUUGAAUACAGUACUAUGCCUACCUUUCCAUGUAUAUACUACAUUUUCCCUAAGAAAUACUGAUACUACUGUUUAAUUGAGACAAACAUAUCUUAAUUGUUCAUUAUAUCAGGAAAGCAACCAGUGUUUACUACUUUGACAUUUUACAGAAGCUACUUUUAAGUCAGCAUAUUUAGUUUUUGAUAUUCUUUUAAUCAAUAGAAGGUGCAUUUAUAUUUUUUAAUGGUGCAUAGUUUCUUGUGUUUUUUUUACAUAUUUUUCUAUUACAUAUUGAAUUUGUAUGUUUUAAAAAUUGUUACAUCUGGAAAAAUGUAAAUGUUAUUCUUUAGCUGGUGCAAACCUAAUACCUACCAUUUUUAGUAAGUGUUUCGUCUUUUUACAAAAGCAUAUUGACCUUAGUUUAAAAUUAAGUGAUUUUUUUAACAACAAAAACAUCUAUAAAGGGGUCACACAUAACCCAUUAAAAUAUUGAGAAAUUUGAAGCUGUUCAUUAUGUCUGUUUCCACAAUUCCACAUAUUUAUCCUGGUGUCUAUAUAGUUAUUUCAAUAGAACUGAUUUAUUUUGUUUUUAAUAAAUAUAAACCUGACAUUUUUAUAUUUAGAAAUGCUUGAACUAGUCGGUUUUUAAUCUCAACAAUUUAGUUACUGAAAUGGGAAAUGUAUUUUGAUACAUUGUGUAUAUAUGUAUAAUUCAUAAUUUUCCUAUUUAAAUGUUGUCUACAAUUGUGGUGUUAAUUUUUGUUUUAUAGUAAUUAAGCCUUCAUUGUUCUCACUUCUAAAUUCCUGUUUGGAAAGUCAUUCCAGUUUUAAAAGAUGGACUAUUUAAAAUACUGUUUUCCCUAGCCAUUGAAAAACUUACAUUUAGGAAAGUGUUGUAGAAUGAAACUGGUUAUUCAGGGUAGAUGGGAAAUGAAUGUGUGCAGUCUGUUUCUGUUAUCUGCUGAGUGUAUUACUGAGUAAAUGAUUUGUUGAUGUUC